AUGGGAACAUUCAUCGAGCUCUUUUCAGCAACAACCAUCAAUCCGUUCCAGCGGCAGUACGACGCAGCCGCGGGAGGUCAGCGACCCGUUCUUGGAAAUGGACAAAAUAUUGUUCGAACCUCCCUCGUCGAACAGCGUGUCAACACCAUCGAUCCAUCAUUCUACGAUUGCUUCUACGGCAUAGCGAACACUCAGCAGACAGUCGUAGAGCGGUGCUACAAGGACAUUGGAUGCUGUCAGUAUGGAUGCUGUGACAAUGACGACUGGCAUAACAAAUACGGAUGGGCAGUGGCAUUGAUAGUCAUCUUCUGCAUACUCGUAAUCAUCGCAUUCGCCAUUUGGUUAGCAGUGUGGUUAAUCAACAGAGCGAAGGAUAAACGUCAGAAAAGGGAACUAAUGUACGACCAAUCUUCGUUCGCACCGGUACGUGAAACUCAUACAUUUGGGCAAAGUUCGUUCUCUUAA